AUGGCUGAGACCACCGGGGCCGAGACCACCAAGACCACCAUGGCCGAGACCACCAAGACCACCAUGGCCGAGACCACCAGCUUUGAGACCACCGGGGUCAAGACCACCAAGACCACCAUGUCUGAGACCACCAGCAUUGAGACCACCGGGGUCAAGACCACCAAGACCACCAUGGCUGAGACCACCAUGGCCGAGACCACAGCGGCAGAGACCACUGGGGCCAAGACCACCAUGGCCGAGACCACCAGCGUAGAGACCACCGGGGUCAAGACCACCAAGACCACCAUGGCCGAGACCACCAUGGCCGAGACCACCAGCUUUGAGACCACCAGGGUCAAGACCACCAAGACCACCAUGGCCGAGACCACCAGCGUUGAGACCACCGGGGUCAAGACCACCAAGACCACCAUGGCGGAGACCACCAGGGCCGAGACCACCAGGGCCGAGACCACCGGCGUUGAGACCACCAUGCCCGAGACCACCAUGGCCGAGACCACAGCCAUUGAGACCACCGGGGCCGAGACCACCGGCGUUGAGACCACCAAGACCACCAUGGCCGAGACCACCAGUGUUGAGACGCCCAGGGCAGAGACCACUGGGGCCAAGACCACCAUGGCCGAGACCACCAGCUUUGAGACCACCGGGGUCAAGACCACCAAGACCACUAUGGCCGAGACCACCAGCGUUGAGACCACCGGGACGAGAGCAGAGAUCAAAGCUGAGCUCAGAGCUGAAACCAGAGAAGGAGGAGAAGGAGGAAGUGACGUAUGUGAGCUUGCCUCAGGAGAACAACACAGGGACGCGCGCCAGAACUGGGUCCAGGAGCGGCACUGCGACGAGAGAAAAGACCAGGACCAAGGCUGGAACGGCAAUGAAGACCAGGGCUAG